AUGGGGAAAAAAUGGACAUACUUUGCUGUCUAUUCCAUCAUCCAGAUACAUUUUGUCAGGGGAGUAUUGGAAGAAACAUUCAAUGCAGGAGAGGACAUUUAUGCAUUACCUGGUUCUGAUGUCAACCUGACCUGCCAAACACAGAAGAAAGGCUUCUUGGUGCAGGUGCAGUGGUCCAAGGUCACUGAUACGUUGGACCUGAUUGCCCUUUAUCAUCCCCAACAUGGCUUUUACUGUGCCGGUGGGAGCCCCUGUGAGUCGCUGGUGGCUUUCAGAGAAGCUCCCAGGAAUGUGUCAAAGUGGACUGUGCACUUAAGGAACAUGUCCUCCUUGCUCACUGGGAAGUAUGAGUGUAGCUUCACUCUGUACCCAGAGGGCAUUCAGACGAAAAUCUACAACCUACAGAUUCAGACAAAUGUUACACAGGAUGAAUGGAGAAGCAACCGUACAAUAGAAAUAGAGAUAAAUCAGACUCUGGAAAUACCGUGCUUUCAAAAUAUCUCCUUAGAAAUUUCAUCUGAGCUCACCUUCGCGUGGUUGGUGGAGGAUAAUGGAACUCAGGAAACACUUCUCACCCAAUAUCACCCCAUCAGCAAUUCCACGUUAUUUAAAGACAGAGUCAAGCCAGGUACAGACUACAGCCUCUACCUCUCUCCAGUCCAAAUCCAGGAUGAUGGCUGGAAGUUCCCUUGCCAGGUUGUAGUCAGGUCUGGCAAAAUCUUCAGGCGCUCCACCACAGUCAGGGCUUUUGCUAAGCCAGAAAUCCCCACGAUUGUGGAAAAUAAUUCCAUAGGUGUCUUCGGAGAGGAUCCUGGCCCAGUCGCCCUCAAUGCCUGUGGGGAGCUGCGGCCCUUGAAAACUGGGGUCCUGGCGUUGCCCGGCCUGACCGUGGCCACCCUUCUCCAGCUCCUCUUUGUGCAUGCUUUUCAGAUGCUUCCACAGGGCUGUGGUGCCCACGUUAACCCCAGGGUCACGGCCCACCUGCCCGCCACACAGGCGGCACGUUUUUCUCUUGAGUCUCCACCUGGCUGCUUCCACUGUUUCCGUGCUCCUGGCGAUCGAUCCAAUGCGUUCUGGAAGCAGGAGGAGAAGCCUCAGGGUUCAGGCUGUUCAGGAGCCCCAGGGCUGGGGCCUCACUGGGUCUCCCUCAGCGUGGGUAGAAGCGAGCAUAGACAGAUGCUGAUGUCGGAGACUCGCGUGUCCUCAGAACGGAUGCAACAGGCUGUCCGGAGGCUACAGAGUCUGCCAGGAAAAACACAUACUAAUGAAAAGAGAAAAGACAAAGGAGGAUUUUGGGAACUGAAGUCUGUUUUGACAAGUGUGUAUGAUAAACCAGCCCAAUCAAACAACCUGACCAUCUGGUAUAUGGCUGUGUCUCCAGUCCCUGGAAACAAAGUGUGGAAUAGCUCAUCCGAAAAGAUCAUGUUUUCCUUGGGCUCAGUGAACCCUCCAACAGAUUCUCUGCUUGAUGCUACAGAAUCUACCCGUGGCAUCCAGCCUUCUCCAGCCAACAGCAUAUCUCCUACAAGGUAUCCAGCUCCAUCUUCAACAGCCCUUGUAGAUGUGACUACAUCGACUCCAAACGUCACCCCUCCAACCAGCAGUUACGACCUGACUACUCGAGGCUUCAACUACUCCUGGACCUCCAGUGGGAAAGACGCCAAAUACUCAGCUUCAUGGAUGCCCAGUGAAACGUACAGUCCAUCCCCCUAAAGGGCAGGUUCGACACUUCAUGGUGACACCUUCACCAGCACAGCCAGAGCAUUUUCAGAAGUUCCCACAACUGCCAAUGGAUCUACUAAAAAUAAUCAUAUCCAUAUCACUGGUAUUGUGGUUAAUCAGCCCAAAUAUGGAAUGUCCUGGCCAGUGACUGUGGCAGCUUUGCUCUUUUCCUGCCUUGUAUUGUUUGGUCUUGGAGUGAGAAAAUUGUGUCAAUACCAAAAAGAAAUCAUGGAAAGACCUCCGCCUUUCAAGCCGCCACCUCCCAUCAAAUACACCUACAUUCAAGAGUCCAUUGGAGGUGAUCUGCCUUGUCAUGAGCUGGAGACACUCUAG